AGCUAAUAUGGCGGCUACGUCGCCUAGUAUCCCUCAGCUUUUUACGGAAUUGGACAAGUUUGCAAAGGACGGAAACUACGUCAAGGCGCAGAAAAUUGCGAAUAAGAUUCUCCAAGAGAAGCCUGAUGACAAAGAGGCAUUUCACUGUAAAGUUAUUUGUCUUAUCCAUCAGUCAUGCUUUCGUGAAGCAGUGGACGUUAUCAGAUCAGCAUCAAACAAAGGGAUAGACAUUGAACUUCGUUUUGAAAAGGCUUACUGUCUGUAUCGUCUCAACAAAACUCAAGAGGCUCUGGAUAUUCUCAAUGCCAUUGCUGAACCAACACAAGCUGAGAAGGAAUUGAAAGCUCAAAUACUCUAUAGGCUUGAAGAUUAUAGGACUUGUUUGGAUCUUUACAAAGAUUUAAUCAAGAAUUCUCAGGAUGAGUAUGGAGAUGAAAGAGAAACUAACCUUGCUGCUGUUAUUGCUGCCGCAUCACAGUGGGGAGGACUUCAGAUGGAAGUCCCAGGUUUAAGAGAAGACACUUAUGAGCUGUGUUACAAUGCAGCAUGCCUUUCUCUAGGUCAGAAUGAUGUAGAAACUGCUCAGCAAAAGCUUAAAAAGGCAGGAGAGCUGUGUCAAAAAAGCCUUGAAGAUGAUCCUGACAUUGCUGAGGAAGAUAUUGAAUCUGAGCUGGGAGUUGUCAGGACCCAGCUUGCGUACACUUAUCAGCUCCAGGGAAAGAAUGACGAUGCACAGAAAUUGUACAAUCAAGUUCUUAAAUCAAAGCCUGAUGACCUUGCCUUAGCAGCUGUUGCCUCCAAUAAUAUCAUCACUCUUAACAGGGACCGAGAUGUGUUUGACUCAAAGAAGAAAGUUAAAUCAAUGACUGCAGAUGGACUGGAACACAAAUCCACUGCAUCACAACAGCGAACAAUGGCAUUUAACAGAUGCCUCUUGCUCUUCUACACAAAUCAGCUUGAAGCUUGUCGUAGCUUGAUAUCCACCUUGGAAACAAAAUACCCUGGAAGUGAUUUUCCUUGUCUGAUGAGAGCAUCACUUCUGCACAGAGAGAAACAUUCUGAUAAAGCAAUUGAACUGCUCAAGAACUACGCAGACUCCCAUGACGACACUGCUACAAAUGUGAAACUUACAUUAGUGCAGCUCUAUCUGGCACAAGGAAAUGUUUCCACCGCUUGUACAACGCUGCGCUCAAUCAAAGACUUGGCUUAUAAACCAGGCGUGGUGUCUGCUCUGGUGACGAUGUAUUCUCAUCUUGGGGACAUCAGUUCUGCGGUUGGUGUCCUUGAUGAUGCUGUUGAGCAUGCUCAGAAGAACAAGGCGAUGAUGAGACAGUCUGAGGUUUUGUCCUUGAUGAGAGAAAAUGUGGCAUAUAAACUGCAACAUGGUAAAGCUAAAGAGGCAGUGGACAUGCUGGAGAAAUUGCAUAAGGAGGAUUCCCGUGAUGUGAAGACAUUAGCUCAACUUAUCAAAGCUUAUUCUCGAUUGAAUCCUCAGAAGGCAGAGUAUUACAGUGAAAAACUCAAGCCGCUGGACACGCAGGCUCAGAGUUCAUCUAUAAACGUGGAGGAGUUGGAGAUGUCGCUGAGAACCAUGGGAUCUCGAUACGGUCGGGCAAGAAUGAAACAAGAGGGUGGCGAUACAGAAAUGGUGGAUUUGACGAAAGAAAGUUUCGUAAAAAGACGGAAGAGAAAGCGGAAGAGAGGUAAACUACCGAAAAACUACAACGCCGAGGUCGAUCCAGAUCCCGAACGCUGGAUACCGAAAAGAGAACGGACGUACUACAAGGGUAAAAGGCAGAAGAAGGGUGCCUCAGUAGGCAAAGGAACACAAGGUGCUGCAGCUCCCUCAGACGCUUCGUCCAGUCCUAAAACACCCGGUAGUCCUAAGCCCGCUUCUCCUCCUGGUACCCCCUCUGCGUCGGGUAGUACCGCGAACGUAGUGCCGCCUCGGCAACAGCAGCCCCAGGCUGCCAAGAAGAAACAGCGAACCAAGAAAAAGAAAGGAGGCUGGUAAUGAUCGAAGGACUAAAGAGACUUAAUAUUGAUGAUUUGAAUGAACGUUCUAGUUUGUAAGACAUUUCCUGAGAAACUGCUCGCAAAUGUUUUAUACGAGGCAAAAGAAAGCCUCGGAAACUAAUGCACACGAAGAAAGCAACGUGUGUCAUUCAGGUAAAGCCGCCAUUUACCCCGGAUGAGAAUAACAAAUAAAAGCCUUAUUGAAACUA